GCAUAACAUGAAUCAUUGUAGGAGAUAGUCUGUUCUGGUGUAAUGGUUUAAUAUUUCUUAUUUAUUUGGGAUUUAAUCGAUUUUGUUUUUAUCGAGUACUUAUCGCUGUAAACGAAUGAUUGCUCUUGCGUAUAAGAUGAUGAAGUGCAUUUCUCGAAUCAAAUCAAAUAUUUUUUAAAUGUUGCAGUCCAAAAACAACAUGUCAAACUGACAUUUUAGAUUUUCAAACCGGUUUUAAGUGUAACGUUUAAAUUUAGACAGUAGAAAGUGACAAAUUGUAUCAGUUAUUCCUCGGUACAUACUUAUUAACUGAAGUUGUAGAAUGGGUUCCGGAAUACAAAAGGACACUUAAGUCAUAGAGAAUAGACGAGAGAAUCAAACUGAAUGUGACAGAGGAUAGACGAGAGAACCAAAUUGAAUGUGACAGAGGAAAGACGAGAGAACCAAACUGAAUGCGACAGAGGAUAGACGAGAGAACCAAACUGAACGUAUUCCUUUAAAAAGUAAAAAGACGGAGAUUUAAUAUUGUGGAUUUUACUCUAUGGUGAGAUUUAUCAUACAUGUAUAUCAUCUGUGAAUUUUAAAGCAAGAUUUUGACACAUGGAAGGGGUUUAUUUAAAAAGAAAGUGUAAUUAUCUAGGAUGUUGGAAAGAUGACACGGUUGCCGACUAUGUUAUUAGACAAGUUGCAGAUAUGGUAAGACAUGGGAAAGGAACGAAAUGUACGCUCCAUCUAUCAAGCCAAGGUGUAAAAGUGAACACUUCGUCGUUAAUGUCUGGGAAAACAUUGAAGGAUGUCGUGCCAUUUACUGACAUUUAUUUUACAACAGUAAAUCAGUAUAAUCCACAGUGUGUGUUGUUUAUCACAAAAGACCAAAGAAGAAAAUACCGCAUUGUCGCAGUCAGCUGCUUAAGUGGCACAGACGCCAGUCUCUUUGUUUCUUGCUUUAAAGAUUUGCGGAGAACACUAUGCAGUGGAGAUAAUAAUUUAGAACUUACACAAAUCAGCAGUGGAAAUUGGACGCUUCGUUCAAAGCAUCAUUCAACAGAUAAACGUCAGCUUCAUACCAAUGUCUAUAUGCAAGACGUUCAUUCAAAACAAAAUGGUGUGAUAAAAACUAAGCACACAGACAUUAACUCCAACGUAGCAUCUUCAAAUGAGAAAAACCUAACUAAAAUAAACAACAAAUAUGAAUCUGUAAACAGAAAAGAUUGUAACACUGCAGCAAAAAAAGGCGGAUCAACUGAUCAAAACGGAGAAGAAUUUUCCAAUUCUUUCUCAGAAACCGGUCUACGAGAUGAACUCGAUGAUCUAUCACAGGAACUUAAAGAAAUCAAAUUGAUGCUUGAGACUUCUGCAAGCAUUGAUACUGAUGUGUAUUAUGAUAAAGAUGAAAAUGAAGUAGUGCAUACUGACAGAAAAAUAGAGGUAGAAAUAAUGGGUGAACCUAGGACUACAAUAGAGGCCGUUGUAGUAGACGAGGAUUCCACUGACGACGAACAGAACCAAAAUAUAAUCGAAAACCUAAAUGCAACAACACAAUCCCUUAACCUCGAGGAGGGCGAGGUCAAAGUGGUCGUCCCUGAUUACAGGAACUCGGGAACACAAACUACGCUCCCAACAUAUGUUCGCCGAUACGUAUCAAAAGAAAAUCCUGUGAUAAAUGUCGUAGAUGGUGAACAACUUUCUCCCCGAAAUUCAACAACAUCAUACGAUACAUGGAAAGAGGAUGUAGUUUUGCGAGGGAAGAUAGCUCCCCGUGAAAUAUGUACGAGAUCAGCCUAUGUAAGCACAUUCAGUAAUGAUUCUAGUUUGCAAGGCAGUUUACGAGAUCGCAAUUCGCAUGCAAUUUACACGACUACAAGAACACCCCAUACACUCCGAGUUCCCAUGAGGCGGUCCGUCAAUUUGUCGUCAACGAUUGAAAGGCCUAUUGAAAAAGUUUAUCCUAGACCACGGAGCGUCCAUGGUUCAUUAGUAUAUAGACCUAUACUACGUGGACAAAAAGGAACGAUCUAUGCAAUUCCCUCAACAAAUAAAGGAUAUGUAGACAAAAUUCAGAACAAAACUAACGAACACAGAUUUUCUCCAAACAUGUCGCAGACGAAAGAGGAUGUUGUCAUUAUGAAAUCGUGAAUGUUGUGCAGGUCAUAUCAUUCUUAAGUUUAGAAAACAUCAAACAUGCCUGUUACGGUGUGUUUUUUAAAGAACGGGAGAAGUUGUAAAUUUUCAAAAAAAAUCAUAAUUGAUAUAUCUUUAAAUUAAUAAAGAAUUUUUCAUAUAUUGAUGCUUAAUUUGUGUUCUCUAAUGUGAAACACUUCAUUCUUAUAAUAAGAACAGGGAUAUAGUUAUUGAACAAAACUAAGAUUUUCUUAUGAUGUGUCGUAAACACAAUGGGUGUUCUCAGUGACUAUUCAAUGGCCGCGUUACAUAUCAAAUAAAUAGCCUUUGUUGUAUGUUGACACGAUGGCUAAAGAAACAAUCUGCGAUAAACAGUGCUUGACUGAAAGUUUAAAAAAUAAUUUGAUAAGUUAAUCUGGAAAAUCUUGAGUGGAAACUGAUUAGAUUCGCAGUUCAUAGAUUAUCGUCUUUUGUUCAGCGAAUUAACGUAAAUAUCAGAAUGCGGUAUUACAAAUGUAUCCAGUGUACUUUAACAGUUAAAUCUAUAUAUCGUGUAUGUAUUCAUAUAAGCAUAUAUAAAUAUGUAUUUAUAAACAUGUAUUUAUCA